AUGAGCUCAACUCAUUCGAAUGAGAAGCAAAACUGUCUGUCCAAGCGUGGCAAUAACAUUGUUACAUUUAAAGAUGAUGUGAUAUUGGAAGCGUAUAUGCUGUGGCUGAAAAAUCCUUACGACCCUGAAUCGAAUCCACAGGGAAUAAUCAAUAUGAAUAUAAGCGAAAACAAGACAGUUGGCGAUAUUUUACUGCCCAAGUUGAAUGAGGGCAUCGAAAUUACUGAAGAAAUGUUAUAUUAUGGAGACUUGACUGGCAGAGAUUAUUUCCGCCAAGCGAUGGCAGAUUUCUUAACCAAAUAUUUUAAAGCAUCGCCAAGACCUGUACGCAAGGAAGAGCUAAUUGGCUUAUGUGGUGCAUCAUCCAUAAUUAGCAUUAUGGGUAAUGCUAUAUGUGAUCCAGAAGAAUAUUUGCUUGUCCCAUCCCCCUAUUAUGGCACGUUUGCAUCUGAUUUGUUAUUCAUGUCGGAAGCUCGAUUGGUUCCAGUGAACCUUACGUCUGAGAUUAAAGAACCUAAUUUCGAACCUUUUCAAUUAACUGUUCCAGCCUUAGAGAGAGCAUUACAGCAAGCAGUAUCGCAGGGAAAAAGAGUUAAAGGCUUCUUAUUUUCUAAUCCUGCAAAUCCUUCAGGCUCCUAUUUCUCGAAGCAAAUGAUUAAGGAUUAUCUAGACUUUGCUCAUAGGCAUGAACUGCACAUUAUAUUCGAUGAAAUCUAUUACUUAUCCAACCAUGCACCUGAUGCUGAUAUUAUUAGCGUAUUGAGCAUGAUUAAUGAGCUACCCGAUCCUGAGAGAACCCAUUUCAUCUGGGCUUUCAGUAAAGACUUUGCCAGUUCCGGUCUCCGUGCAGGAAUACUCUGGACACAAAACAGUAUGCUUCGAGCAGCAGUAGGAGCAUGCUCUCGAUUUAGUGGAAUAUCACCUCCAACGCAAAAACAACUGACCAAUAUGAUCACUGAUUACGAUUGGCUCGACAACGUUUACUUCCCUACUAUGCGUCGACGAUUAAAGGAAAGCUACGAAAUAGUACGUCAAACUCUUGACGAAUUAGGUAUUCGAUACGUUAUCCCUAAGGCUGGACUCUUUGUAUGGGUAGACUUGAUUGAGUUCAUGCCGUCAGUUGAUUUGGAAGGAGAGAGAAAGCUCUGGUUGUCUAUUUUAGAAAAUGGAGUUGGAACUGCUCCUGGAUAUGCCUUUUAUUGCUGUGAACGCGGAUGGUACAGAAUAAUCUUUGCAUUGCCGGUGGCAGAUGUUACCUUGGCCAUGGAACGUUUUAAAAACUAUUUAUUGAAGAUCAGAAACUUAGAAAAUCGCAAACUUUCUGUCCAAGAAAGGAUUUCUACACAAUAAAUGGCGGUCUUGAAGAAUUUUAAAUCUUGACGCUAUGAGUCAGCUCAUAAUUACUGGAUUUCAAUUCAUUUACAUAUAAUUUUAACAUUCUCUCAAUUUCUGGCUAUAGCAUAACGUAAUUUAUAUGUUUUUCCUAUUUCGAGCAUGGCAUUGCUAAGAUUAAUUAACCAAAUUUCGAAAUAAAGAUAAAAUAGGUUGCACUUA